GUCCGAUCUGGUGCGUCUCUGCUGCACGUAAUGCACGAUCCGGUCCGCAGAUCUGGGGCCUGGUGUCACUGUACAUAACGCCGACGGCAUGAUCCCACCACCUGAUGACCAUACACGCUCUGAUGACUGUAAGCGGUAGCCAGAGGCGUCACCUAGACACUGAGAAGUACUCCAGUUGCAUACACCUCUCCUUCACCAGGCCUCCCUGUCGCUGCGACCGCCUGUGUUUCUUCCGUACUUGGCGGAGGCAUUCCUUUAUAAUCUUCGCUGAACAGACAACAGAUUGCCUCAAGUAGCAUCUAACGGCCUCGCGACGGAGCUAUUCCACACGAUCCUCGAGCUCGACUACCUCAGAACUAGUUCAUUCGAGCUGUCUCCGGAACACAGUACCUAGCAGCCAGGCAGCACGUGGCUGAGCACGAGACUACAGGCUAGACCAGAGGUCCUGACGCUUCGGAGGUCGAUACACUUCCCACACUUCCCACACGCGGAGCACGCUUCGGGCUUCGAGCCUACACGCACCCGGAAUCCAUCAUGCAAUGGAUUAGACCAUCAGCGUUGGAGCCCUCAUUGCCAGCAUAUUGCACACCAGAAAACGACUUCCUUCUGCAUUUCAGCAGCACAUUCCACACCUGUGUUCCGACACCCUUAGCUUUUACUUCCAUUACGUUGGGCGGACUCAGCAUUCUGGCCUGGCUUUUCGCGCAGCUACCACAGAUUUACAAGAACUGGUCAAUACAGAGCACCAGUGGGCUGUCCAUCUUCUUCCUGGCGGAGUGGUGUUUAGGCGAUAUCAGCAAUCUUCUCGGAGCACUAUUUACACGUCAAGCUAGCUGGCAAAUAUGUAUAGGUGGAUACUACGUAUUCGUCGAUCUGUGUUUGGUGGGACAAUGGAUCUGGUAUGAGAGGCUCCGGCAUGGACACCCCGUGCUCCGCAUGUGGAAGAGAAAGAACACAAACGACGGUGAUAGCUCUACGAGUGGUGGGAUGGAACAGGUCGUAAUCGAAGGAACAGAUGGUGUGACCAAGGCACCAAGCAGGCCCAAGAUUAUCUUCCGAACUCUUACAUUCCAGCGUGAGGAGAAUGAGAAGGAGAAACUGGCGUCGAGCUCUGGUACUUCCAGAAACAGCAACACAAUUCACAAGGUUGGACCCUCAUCUCCAAUGCCCUCUCCCUCGCCGAGAACAAUGCUCUUGAUCGCCUGCAUGAUCGCUAUCUCUCACGCAUCGCCCAUCAGCAAGACUUCAGUAGUACACAGUCACUUGCACGACAGUGGUGGCCCCACUGCACUCGAAAAGGCCGGUACGAUCAUUUCCUGGAUGUCCACAGUCCUCUAUCUCGGCUCUCGCCUCCCCCAGCUGUUCAAAAACUGGCAGCGGAAAUCUGUAGCUGGCCUAAGUCCCCAUCUAUUCCUCGCAGCAUUCUGCGGUAACAUGUUCUACUCUCUCGCACUACUCAGUAACCCCAACGCCUGGAACGAUUUCGGCCCACAUGGCGGAGGAGGCUGGGUCGACAAAGACGGAUCGGACAGAACACAAUGGGUCCUUGCAGCUCUACCGUUCUUCCUCGGCGCUGCGGGUGUGUUGGGGUUGGACGCUAGUGUCGGUGUACAGUUUUUGCUAUAUGGCGAAACACAGGAGAAACUCGUCGUUGCGGAAGAACAGCAGCAGCAGCAGCAGGGAGGCGCUCGAUAUCGUUGGCGACGCGUCUCGGGCUGGCUGAGGGGUUGGAUUCCGAGUGGUGUGGGAAGUAUCUCCUCUAGACCAACAUCGUCAUCAUCAUCAUCUCCAUCAUCGGAGCACACGGCACUGCUCGUGAAUGAUGGUGAUGAUGGGAGGAGACAACAGCAUGGUGAGGGAUAUGGUGCAUUAUAGAAACGGGCAUCGUUGUUAUUGGAAGUUGACUGUUUUUUGGGGGGGUUGCAUUGCGUUGCAUAGGGAUCUUUGGGAUCAAGGGCGAGAGCAUUAGCAUGGGGGCAUUCCAGAGCCAUUAUAGAGCCGAGAUGAAGAGGAGUAGAUUAAGGUAACUAUGAGGCUAUGCAGGCAUUUGAACAGAUUUGAUCAAGUGAGGGCCUACUCAGCCUAGGAUGAUUUUGUUACUCAGGCGGAGUAUUCAUGCGUUGGAUGAGCAGGUAUGAUGAUCAGUAGGGCCUACUGAAUAGGAGGUAGUCAUGUACAGGCUGUAUACUUCGGUCCCUACAAGUACCUAGGUAGGUAGGUUUACAGGUGCCUGACCUAUGAAUCUCUCUAAGAUGAUGUGAAUCUCUCUCUCUCUCUCUCUCUCUCUCUCAGAUGCAAGGUCGGCUAUAAUUUCGGCAGCAUCGGCACUCACUCAAGGGAGAGGUGCUACGGAUAAGACUGGAAGUCACUAACGGGCAAACAGGUUCAAGAGUGGCGACAGGAAGCGCAACAGUCAACCCAACGCUGAGGCAUAUCAUUUAAAAAAGCGAUAAACGCGUCCCCGUCUCCCCUCUUGCAUGCCUGAGGCACCAACAUGUCCUCGAUGGCGGCUUGAAUAAAGGUACACGACAACGUCGACAGACUUGCGUGUCAGUUCCUCUUCUCCUUGCGGUAUCCGAUUCCAAGAACGAUAGCAACUCUAGUGAGCACGAAUGGCCACGUCGUGAUGGCGGCGACCCAAUCGUUGAGUGUCCAAUUCGAUAGCACAGCCCACUGCGCCCAACCCCCGACCGCCUGCGCCAUCGAGUGCGUGUACAAAGCGUCACUCAGCAGAAUCGCCAUGCAGAGAAGUUUCCAGACCUUGAUAUCGUCCACCAGCCUCAUGAUGACCGCCUCGAUGAACACGAUCACCAUCCAUCCGCCUCCCAGCUGUGUGUAGACGAAAUCUGUGGCUGAGUCGAUCGACGCCACACUCUCUCUUGUCAAGGCUGUCACGUAAUGUCCAGGGGCUACGAGGACCAUGAUGACGCCACCAAAUGCGAAAAGUGAUUCCACAUUCAUGAGUAGGAAGCGGUAGUAGGAAGGUAGGACAUUUGAGGCUUUGGUGAUGGCGGCGGUCGGGGCCAUGGCGGAUAAGCAGCCGGUGAGCGUGGGAGAUGUGUGCGUAGGUACUGUAUCGAAGGUGGCGAUGGUGGGAACCCCGUGGGCGUAAGACCUCUGAUCGGUCUAGGACGAGUCUGUGAAGGCGAUGGCGAGGCUGUGGUGUGGUAUACGGGC